AUCAGCGUUCAACAUUUGCCGUACAGACAUCACAAUUUAUCGUCUAGCCCCUCCAUCUUCAAGGAGCGGAUGUCUUUCGCUGAUCUAAAGUCCAAGAGGCAAUCAAAAUCGAGGAGAACUAAUAGCAGACGCACGGGCAAACGAAGAUACUCAAUUACCUACACCAGAGUCAGCUUUGGUGUCUGGACCAGCAAGACAUCCGAAUGAUACUGGAAUCGUAUCAACGGAUGUCGGUGCAAUAGGUCCUCCGAUGUCAGAGCCCGCAAAUUCCGCUGCACCGACCACCUCAAGUACACCUCCGGAUGAUAAUGCUGAUCUGCACAUACUUCCGCGGGGUGAUUUGUACAAGGAACUUCCCUCGUGGCUCGCAGUAAGGGAGUCUACCAGCUCCGGACGAGGUUUGUGGAAUCAGGGGUCUACAAAUAUAAGACCUGGCGAUGUCAUACUAUCCCUGCGACCUCACGUGUUCACGCUUUCUACCACGUACCUUGACUCGCAUUGUUCUGGAUGCGCUGGGUCGCCUGUUUCUGGACUCAAACGGUGUACAGCGUGUCGCAAGGUGUGGUACUGUACCUCUACUUGUCAAAAUAAUGACUGGCCAACGCACAAGCUCGAGUGUACCGCAAUCCAGAAUUGGUCUGCUGAAGCGCCUUCUGAUAAGGUGUCUGUGCCUAGUGAUGCUGUUCGAUGCUUGGGCAGGAUCUUGUGGCGGAUCAAACGCAAGGGUGCCGGUGGCAUUUGGGUAAAAGAGAUUCAGGCAAUGCAGUCCAACAGAAAAUCUAUCCAUCCGUCUGCUGUCGAAGGACAUACUUACCUUGCUCAAUCCGUCGUUCGUUACCUCGGAGCGUCCUCCCCAACCGAAUUGGAAGACUAUGGCAUCAUGUCCACAGCGGACCUUGUCGAUUUGAUAUCACGGUUUAUUAUUAACACGGUUGCACUGACUACGCCAUCUUUGACCCCCAUCGGAGUCGCCGUUUCACCACUAGUUGCUCUCAUCAACCACUCUUGUACACCAAACGUGGUCGUGGUAUUCCCCCGCAGCAGAAAGGAUUCGAGGGACGAGCCGGUUGCGAAGGUCGCCGCACUUAGAAAUAUUGCUCCAGGUGAAGAGAUUCUGAUGUCUUACGUAGACACGACAUUUCCCAAAUCACUACGACAGAUGACUCUCACGGAAACAUAUAACUUCCAGUGUCAUUGUAAAGCUUGUACUAAAUCCGGUGGAGUAGACCCCCGUGAAGCUGUGUGGUGUCCUAAGGCUUGUGGAGGCACGUGCCCGAUACCAACCGAAAAGAGCCGAAUAUCCGGUUGCACCAAUUGCCGGGCGGCGAUCGACGAUCCUGAUACGGUGAUGGAUGUGGUUCGUGUCGGACAGGAGGCAUUGCACAAGGCGACGAAUUUGCAAGACAACAACAAAGCGAAAUCACUGACCGCAAAUAUCAUUUCCGUGCUCAUUUCCGCUGGGCUGACACCAUCUACACAUCCUUUGUUAGCGCUUUUGAAGCUCCAUCAAACACUUUUGAUAUCUUCAUUUCCAACGCCGUUAACGCAAGAAGUGUUAAAUGAAACCAUUCGCACUGCCGGGAAGUAUUCGGCUGGGUUAUCUGCCAUACUUGACGAGGGACAUCCUGUCCGUGCCAUGUCGCUCGUUGAAUUUGGAAAACUCUUGGCUGUGGAUGAACCAUCCCCUCCCACAUCUCAACCAAAAAACGGGUCGUUUCCGCCGUCGGGACCUGCGAGGUUAAAGGCCGCCUAUGAGACCCUUCUACGCGCGAGGAUGGAAUUACUGAUUGGGUUCGGCCGUCAAACCGAGGGCGGUGAGGUAGGUGAUGGUGUACGCGAGACAUUAGUAGCGCUAGAAAAGGAGCUGGAAGUGUGGUCGACCGGGAUCCGAAACGUCUCAGAGGACACCCCUCCUAAUCCCCCAAGGAUUGACCGCGUGGAGUGAAGUAGCAACGUUUCAUUGAUAAUGAGAAGUAUUACGCCGUUUGCUCUCCGGCAUCACGUCCUCACCCCUAUUCAUCUUGCUUCUGAAGCUAUCGCUUAUUAGGCGCUGCCUUUGUACACCCCUUACAUCUUUUCAAUGCACGUUGAUUCCACUGAA